CGCUCGUUGCACGCGCGUGAAGCCGCCGCCGCGGCGACAGCGCAUGCGCGACAGCGUCUCCACAGCAACAGCGCCUCAGCGCGCGUGCAGCCGCCCGUUGCUCUAGCGGCGCGCUGUGACGUCAUCAUUCUGCGCCCCGAGGAGUAGGCGGCCAUGUGGAAGUGGUGCCGUGCCCCGCGCUGCUCCGGCGUCGCUGGGCUCCGAUCGCCGCCUCAGCUUCUCCAAGACUGACUCCUGAAGACUCCACUGCAGAGAACCCUGUGCCCAGUGGCACUCUCAUCCAGCAGCAACCAGAGCUCAAGCAAAUAUCCUGCAGAAAGGGGAGUGGCAGUGUGGGAGGUUUCAGCAAGAUACAGAGUAGGUCUGGCUUGCUGAAGUCAACCCUAAUAUCGUAAUGCUUUUUUUCUGCUUUAAAAGGCACUCAUGGCCAGCAGAACCAAAUGCCCAACAGCAGCUCCAUCAGCGAGUUCCUCCUCCUGGCAUUUGCAGACAUGCGGCAGCUGCAGCUCCUGCUCUUCUGGCUCCUCCUGGGCAUCUACCUGGCUGCCCUACUGGGCAACGGCCUCAUCAGCACAGCUGUAGCCUGCGACCACCGCCUGCACACCCCCAUGGACUUCUUCCUCCUCAACCUCACCCUCCUUGACCUGGGCUGCAUCUCCACCACUCUCCCCAAAGCCAUGGCCAGUGCUCUCUGGGACACCAGGGACAUCUCCUAUGCUGGAUGUGUUGCACAGUGCUUUUUCUUUGUCUUCUUGAUGUCAGCAGAACUUUAUCUGCUCACUGCAGUGUCCUAUGACCGCUACGUUGCCACCUGCAAGCCCCUGCACUACGGGAUCCUCCUGGGCAGCAGAGCUUGUGCCACCAUGGCAGCAGCUGCCUGGGGCACUGGGGUCCUCCAUGCUCUGUUGAACACCAUCAAUACAUUUUCACUGCCACUCUGCCAAGGCAAUGUGGUGGACCAAUUCUUCUGUGAAAUCCCACAGAUCCUCAGGCUCUCCUGUUCACACUCCUAUCUCAGAGAAAUUUGGGCUGUUGUGGCAGCUAUCUGUUUAGCCUUUGGGUGUUUUGUUUCCAUUCUUUUCUCCUACGUGCAGAUUUUCAUGACUGUGCUGAGCAUGCCUUCUGAGCAGGGCCGGCAGAAAGCCCUGCUCAGAAGGGCUCGCCUGGUCAGCCUCCCUCACCUGGCUGUGCUCUCCCUGCUUAUCAGCACUGGCACAUUUGCUUACCUGAAGCCCUCUUUGAUCUCCUCCCCAUCCCUGGACCCGGUCGUGGCAGUUCUGUACUCAGUGGUGCCUCCAGCAGUGAACCCACUCAUCUACAGCAUGAGGAACCAGGAGCUGAAGGAUGUAUUGAGGAAAAUGAUGUCAAGGACAUGUUUCAGCAGCAGUGAAAUGUUCAUCUCUCUGCAUAAAUGAUUCACAGUCUUUCCCAUAACAGGCCUAUUUCAUGUUUUUUAUGUUUAUAUAUUUAUACUUAUAUAUUCAUUUUCUCUUUGCUGUUUGUAUAUAUAUAUAUAUUACGUCUGUAUAUAAUUAUUGUUGGUUCUUAUCAUGUUCCUAAGCACGUGUUUGGAUCCCCUCAGCUUCUGCUGAGGCAUCCUCCUGCUCUCUUUCUCCUGGAGGCCAUAUAAAACAUGGGUCUGUACUGACUCUCA